CCAAACUCCCAUGCGUAUCGAAAACCAAUACCGCUGGAUAUGAGCCAGCAUUCGACCAUUGGCCACCCCAGUCAUCUCCGCGCAUGGACACGGCGCCGGGCGAUCUAUAACCCAUGGACUGCAACACAGAGGGCGGUUUCUGUUCGACGGCGCUGGUGUCCUAUGAAACACAAUCACAGGAUCUUUCUGAUUGAAUAUGACCGCCUCUUCACAUCAAGUCUGGGACCGCAAAUUAGCGCCCUAUUUCCCCCUACUCUCUCUGUCUCCCGUUCUGCUCGCCCAGGCGUCUGCGGGACACAACCAUGUCCAACUUCACCAUCGACAACAUCAACCCGCGCAUCCAGUAUACCCCGCCCGGCGUGUGGAGAGAAGGAACGAGUAAUGAUCCUCUGGCUGGAGACUACUUCAAGGGCACGUUUACCUUAUGCAC